UAGGCAAGGACCUCUUACGUAGAAGAAAAGUUUCAUUCAGUGAUUACAGCAGUGUACGUAAUUCUGCUAAAAGUGUGAUUCCCCAAAUUUAAUUUAGAUCAAAAAAAUUUCCUUUCGAAUACAUUUAUAAAAAAUGGGUCCACCACUUUAUUAUGAUUUGGGAAAACAAGCUCUUGAUAUUUUCAACAGAGGAUAUCAUUUUGGUCUAAUCAAACUCGACUUAAGAACUAAAACUGGAUCAGGAGUUGAAUUCAACUCUGGUGGUGUUUCAAAUCAAGAAACUGGAAAAGUUUUUGGAACACUUGAAACAAAAUACAAAGUGUCAGAAUAUGGUCUAACAUUUAGAGAAAAAUGGAAUACAGACAAUACUUUAGCCACUGAAAUAUCACUCCAAGAUCAACUUGCGAAAGGAUUACGACUUGCUGUAGACUGUUCCUUCGCACCACUUACCGGUGUUAAAUCGGGACAUUUCAAAACCGAAUACAAACAUGAUAAAGUUGCAUUCGAAUCAUGUAUGGAUCUUGCUUUACAUGGUCCAGUAGUUGGAGCAUCUGUCGUGCUUGGACAUCAAGGAUGGCUUGCUGGUUAUCAAACUGCUUUAGAUACAGACAAAGGCAGACUAACAAAAAAUAAUUUCGCAUUAGGUUACAGUACUGGUGAUUUUGUUUUACACACUAACGUCGAUGAUGGUCAAGAGUUUGGUGGAAGUGUUUACCAAAAAGUGAAUGAUGCAUUAGAAACCGGUAUCACAUUAGCAUGGUCAUCAGGCAGCAAUAAUACACGUUUUGGUAUUGGAUGCAAGUACAAUUUGGAUGCUAAUGCUUCUUUAAGGGCUAAAGUUAAUAAUCACAGUCAAAUUGGUUUAGGAUAUCAACAGAAAUUACGUGAUGGAAUUCUUUUAACACUUUCGGCAUUAAUCGACGGCAAGAACUUUAACAGUGGCGGACAUAAAGUGGGUGUAGCAUUAGAAAUCGAAGCCUAAAAGGCUGGAUUUUUAUGGCGUUAAUUUCUUUUAAGUUUCUUUUCUUUAUUGUCUGUGGGGGAGAGGGUUGCCAUAGAUAUCAUGGUCGUAAACAACGGUACUUUGAAUAAAAGCAACCAAAACCAUAAAUGUUGAAUGUUUUACACACACCACGCGUAAAUAUUUUCAAGAUUUAGAAUUAUUCUCAAGUUUUAUAAUGUUUUAAUCAAAUAUGGCGUUUAGAAAACUAAUAUUAUGUAAAUGUAAAUAUAUUUUCUUCGAUUAAUUUUUCUUCUUUUGUUAUAAUUAUUUCAACCAAAAGAUUUAUUUACUAUUUAGCAAAUCAAAACAUCCCCCAAAAAUCAUUUUGGAAGAUUUUUUACCUCCAUUUUUUUUAAUUUCGUGUUUUUUUUAUUGUUUUAAUUCUUGGGAAUUUUAUUCGUGUUUAAAAACAUUCUUCAAAAUGAAUUUUCCUAUAUUUAUUCAAAAGAUAAUUCCAG